AUGGCAACAGAGCGAACAUGCUGUGAGUACAUUCUUCCGAUUAAGAAGCGAAGAUGUCGAAUGCUGGUGAAACUGGGAAACCGAUUUUGUGGAGAGCACGCGAUUCACGAUGCAAGCAAUACGGAACGUAUGAUUUGUCCCAACGAUGGAAAACAUACGAUUCUGAAGUCAGAACUUAAAGCGCAUCUGGAAAAGUGUAAUUCUAGAAUCAUCGACGCUGAAUAUAUCAAAAUCGAUGCGAACGCAGUGUUAGGAGAGACUAAACGCACUGAUAAAAUCGAUCGGAGGCCGACGGAGGAGGAAAUUUGUGAAGUUGUUCACAAAAUUUGGAAAUGCUACGAAGAAGACGUCGAGGAGAGGUUGAUAGUGGAGCACAAGAGAAAUGAGUUGGUGGAAGCGUUUUUGGCGGAGAAUCAAGAGCUUUCAGAGGCGAAAAAGAAGCAUUUAGUGCAAAUUUCGUCUAUUUUAGGUAACAUCGAAUCUUCUGGCGUUCUCCCUUCUUCUCCAACCUCAUGCAUGUUCGAAUUAGGCGCCGGAAAAGGCCAACUCGCAUAUUGGAUCUCAAAAGCCGCUCCCGGCGGAAAAUACAUUCUAAUGGAUCGUAGUGGAUGUCGAAACAAAUUUGACACCGCUGCGCUUCGAGAGAACCCGGAAUUAGCAUGGAAACGAUAUCGAUGCUCCAUUGAGCAUAUGGAUUUGAGUAAGAUUGAUGAGUUGAAAAGCUCAAGACAGAUUCUGGCAAUUUGCAAACACUUCUGUGGGAGUGCUACCGAUGCUGGCAUUCGAUCUUUACAGAAUAGUGGUUUGAAAUUCGACGCAGCGCUUCUUGCACCGUGUUGCCAUCAUAAAUCAAGAUUCGUCGAAUAUGGAGGUCAUGAAUUCUUGGAGAAAUGGGGAAUGGAUGAUGAGGCUUCGUUUGCUGCUCUCCGAUAUUUGGCAUCAUUCGCCACCAAUGGAGCAGUUGAUAUAGAUACUUCUGAUGGGUGGAAGUCUUUACAUCCCCCAGUGGAAUUGGGACGGCGAGCAAAAGCGAUUCUAGAAAUCGGGCGAGCAAUUUGGCUGGAGAAUGUUGGAUUUGAAACGAAAGUCAUUGAAUACGUCCCACCUGAAGUGUCACCGGAAAACUUGUUAAUUCUAGCUUUAAAACGUAGUAACAAUAAUAAAGAAUAG